AGUACCAUGCAGGGAUUUUACAUAAGUAGCUGGUCUCCUUUACUAAGGGAGACAAGACAAGGAGCCACUGGAGAGGGUCCAGCAGAGGGCAACAGAGAUGAAGGGUCUGAACUAUGUGUCUUACGAGGAGAGACUGCAGGAGCUGGACCUAUUUAGUCCAGAGAAAUGAGAGAGGAUCUCAAAGGAGGUUGUCAAGAGGGUGAUGCUCAGCAACAGGAUCAGGUGUAAUGACCAUAAAGUAAAACACAAGAAGUUUCACCUCAACAUCAGGAAGAGCUUAUUUACACUGAGGGUGGCAGGGCACUGGAAUAGGCUGCUCAUGGGGCUCAUGGAGUCUCUCUCUCUGGAGAUAUGCCAAACCCACCUGGCCAUGUUCCUGUGUCACCUUCCUUGGUUGGGAAGUUGGACUAAUUGAUCUCCAAAGGUCCCUUCUAACCCCAGCAAUUCUGUGUUUCUGUGCAAAUUGUUUCAGCCGAGGCCAAUUAAAGUAUUUUCUGCCUCCCUUAGAACGCUAAUGGUUGUUAAUGUUUUAUUCUUUUAGUGUUUCUCUUGUAAACAGGGCCUUGGUGUGGGAAGCUUCCCAAAUAGAUACUGUAGCUGACAGACUUUACAUAAAGGCAAGUUUUCAUGGGGGCUGUUUAUCUCUCUGCUGAGAGUAAUGCAGAUGGUAAAAACGGGAUCCUUGGGCUCUUAGAGCAUCCACCCCUUUGCCAGGAGGUUGGAGGUAAGACAGUCUGGAGAUUUUUGCUGCAGGGUAUUCCUUCUGCUGCUUCCCUGGGCUGUGUUUGAUUUUACAAAGAGGGCAGUGGAGGCCUGACUGUUCCCGGGUUUCCCUGUGCAGCAGGAGCAGGACUGUGGUACCAGUGACUGCCAGGCUGGAGCCAAGUUGGUCUCCCCGGCUUUCCCUGCAGCAGCAUUCCUAGGGGGCAGCUGCCAGCUGCUCAGUAGUUGUUUGAGUGAUGAUUUUUGGGAGAAAUUUGAGUAGAGGAGGUUGUGGCCUCUCUGAGACAGUGUUGAAAAGUGUCCAUCAAUAGAGGAAUGGCAAUGAAUGCUCAGGGAAGCCCAUAGUUGCUCCAGGGAGUGUGAGUCAGAAAAGAGAGGGGCCCUCAUUUCUCAUGGAUCACAGCAGGAAAAUGUGGUUGUUGUUCUGUUUGUCUCAAACAGUUCCAAGUGUGAUAUGCAGCAGCUGUUUUGUAAGGUUUCAUUUCCUUUGUCUCCUGCAGUCAUCUUAUUUGUUUUUAUUCCCUCUCUGUCUGGCUCUGCCUCUUCUCUCCUUUAAGAGACUGACUUCCCUCUAGCAGUGUUUGCCCUUUCUGGCCUUUCCAUCUUUCAAGUGUUUCUCUUCCCUCUAUUACGUUGUGAGGUUUUCUCCUUCCUCUGCUCUUAACAGUUCAGCUCUGGCUCUGUGCCCCCUUGUUUGCCCUCUGGGGAUGGUAACCGUGUGAAACCCUUGAUCCAUUAAGUCCAGGUCUUCUGUGAGCAUCCCUGCCAACCUAUGAUUUGUGGUUUAUGAACAGAGAGAGGAAUAGAAGAAAUAAUCUAGGAGAGACUGAAGGUGUUCCUACAGGGAAACCAAGGUGACCCAUGUGUGGGCUGGAGAGCCAAGGACUGGAGCUGAAGCCUAGAAGAGCUGCAAAUGCUGUCCUGUGGAGAACCCACUGACUGUGGUCAGCUGGUGCUUAGCCAGUGACCUGUGGUAGCACCAGGUGAAUCUCAGCACUGACAGAUCAGUAGGUGGCAACAGGAACGGGUGUGGAAGCCAGCAACUUCACCACAAUGAGAUGCCUCACCCAUCCACUGCUCAGGAAGUUGCUGAGCCUCCCACCUCAGUGUGUGCCAGGGCGAGGGACUCCAAGGAAAGGUGCUGUCCUCAGUCCAAAGCAGCUGUUUCUGAGGCAGAGCUGCAGUGCAGGACCUGGGCUCAUGACUGCCACUGACGUGGUCCACUAUUGGCAGAAGGUGUUCGAGACAAAUGGCAUCCCCGAAGCACAAGAAUCCAGUCAAUAUAUUGUGUCGUUUGUCCUGGGAGCAAAAACAUUUCAGAGUCUGGAUUCCGAAAGCCUCCACACUCCACUUACAGCACUGCAGCAGGAGCAAAUCCAGCAGCUGAGCUACAAGCGGCUACAAAGGAUGCCAGUGCAGUACGUGCUUGGAGAGUGGGACUUCCAGGACCUGACCCUGAAGAUGAGACCCCCAGUAUUUAUUCCACGGCCUGAAACAGAGGACCUUGUUUCUUUAGUUGUGGAGGAAGAAUUUCAAAAAUGUGAGAAUUCAACCCUCUGUUUCCCAGUUCCUGUUCCUCAUCCUGUGAUCCUGGAAAUUGGCUGUGGUUCUGGAGCAAUUGCUUUGAGUCUGCUCUGUAAACUGCCACAGAGCAGAGUCAUAGCCAUGGACAAAGAGGAGGCUGCUGUGGAUCUCACCAGGGAGAAUGCACAUAGGCUGCAACUCCAAGAAAGGAUUCGCAUCAUCCACCAAGAUGUUUCACACAGUUCUGCCAAACAGCUGCUGCUCUGGGGCCCCAUAGAUGUCAUAGUCAGUAACCCCCCAUAUGUUUUCCAUGAAGACAUGGCUUCCUUGGAUGCAGAAAUCCUCUGCUAUGAGGACCUUGAUGCCCUGGAUGGGGGAGAUGAUGGCAUGAGAGUCAUCAAAACAAUUCUGGCUUUGGCUCCUUCUCUUCUGAAGGUUUCUGGGAGCGUGUUUCUGGAAGUUGAUCCCAGGCAUCCAAAUAUGGUGGAGCAGUGGCUACAGGCACACCCAGAAUUACUUCUCACACUCCGUGCCAUUCACAAGGACUUCUGUGGCAAGCCUAGGUUUCUGCACAUCCAGAAACAAAGCAGCUGACAACUGUGUCAGAUGUAACUCUCCUUGCAGGAUGCUUUUUGCUCUGGAGCCCAGCUGAACAGCUGGUUGAAGACUCUUUCUGCCUUGUGAAAGGAAUUCCAUUCCCCAGAGUGCUGGACUUUCCAUGCAGUGACAGACCCCUCAUAUCCUGACACAGACCUUAGCCAGAGAUGCCGAAGUUCAGCUGAGCAUAUGGAAGUGUUUCACCUUCCUCAGGGAACUGCAUGAAACAUUUUAGUCUGCUCUGCUAAAGUGACUCAAUCAUCUCAGGACCUAAGAUAGAAGAGUUCACAGCUCCAGAUUAAAAAUACAACUUCUUAACGUGCCAAAUCACCCAUUUGGCCUAGAAAGAAUUUAAUUAUAUUUUUUUAAUUGGCCUUGAGAUGCAUUUAUAUAAAAUGUGACCAGAUGGGGUGAUAAGCUCAAAUCCUGGCUUAUACUGGCACAUGGAUUUGCAGGUAUAACAGGACAUAACUGUUGUGCACAUUUCAAAUGCAGUUCUGUUCCAGGGUCCUGAUGCUCCAAUAGCAAAGCAGCCUUUGUUUCCCACUCCUGCUGAGUAAUUGUCCCUGAAGGAUCAAUACACAUGUUACAGCACCUGAAUUUACAGCCCUUGACAUUUGGUGGAUGCUGCCAGAAAUGGUCAAUGCAUAUUAAUAAAGACAGUGCUCCAGACCAGGGUCCUUAAAAGAAUUUCACUGCAGCUAUUCAGAGAUGCUGGCAGGCCUGAAUAAACAUCUGGCACCCACACUUUGCUCUGACAGUGAUAGAAAUGCCUAAAUUCCACAUGAGACAUUUAAUUGCAACACUUCAAAGAGAAGACCAGUGUCACUACUCUGCUUUAGCAGAUGGAGAAGUUGAAAAACAGGAGGUGAAAUGACCUGCACAAAGUUUGACAAGCUGAGUUUUGAGUAGGACCCAGUCUCGUGACAGGCAUGGGAGUAGCUGAGGCCUGUCUCUUUGGGAAGGAUGACUCAGACUGGGGCUGCCUGAAACAGCACUGAGAGAAGUCCCUAAAGUGGACAGUCAACAUCAUGUCAGUGUGAAUAAUGGCAGGAUUAAUUCAAGCUCCUGCUUGCUGUUGCUGCUGUUUCCAGUGGUGCAGGUUCCCUUCUGGACCAUAGCUAGCCAGGAAAGGAAGGAAAGCAAGCCAAGGAAAGGGGCUGGUCUGCCAGUCCAGGUGGAAGCAGUUGCUGGGCCAGUGCAGGUGAGCACUCAGGAGGGGUGGGAGCAUCCAGACAAGGCCCUGCUGUGUGUUGUGCCAGGGAGGAGCUCUCAGGCUCUGUCCAGGCUGGUCUGGACAGACAGAAGUAUCAGGCAGGACAUGCAGCAGCAAACUGAGUCUGUUGGAAGGCUGCAGCAGGUUCACAGGUACAUCUGUUCCCUUUCCCCUCUACCUCUUCCACACUCUCACUCCUCAGAUGAGUUUUCUCCAUCCCCUUCACUCCUGAACAUCGGCCCUGCUUUCCCACAGACACCUGAGCUCUCUCUGAGAACCAGCACUUGGGUCCAUCUGGAGCCUUUUCCCACUCACAGCUCUGUUCACAGACUUGCCUUUCACCCACUGUACAUCUCACAUUACAUUUGUCCACUCCAGUAGUUUACCGUGUCCUUUACACUCUUUACUUGAAUUUGUGAGUCUUCUCUGGCCUGUAGUACCUGCCCUGGUUAAACACAGUAGAGGAAAUCUAGGGAAGGAGGGAACAAAAAUAGAUCAGUUAAAGUGCACUUGAGCACAGGUUUGGAAAUACUAUUUCAGUCCAGCUGAUUUCAGGCCUCCUAGAGCCAUGAGUACAAAGUACAGUCAAAGGGUGGUUUGUGUGAUUGUGGAUUUUUUUUAAUAGUAAUCUAGGGGCAUUAAGUUCAGUUUGUCAGACUCUGUUUAAAAAUUAAAUUUCAAGAAAUGAGAUCUCAGA